AGGCUGGGGGCGCACACACGCUGCAGCGCCACGCACCCCUCACACACACUCCCAUAUACAUCAUUUCCAUUGGACAUUGGCACAGAGACGCAGCGCGACGACCACUCUGACAUAUCUGCUUGGUACGGACUGCCGAAACUUCUGAGACAGGGAGGCGGGUAGAUCCUUUUAGCUGGUCCCAGAUAGUGGAUUCAAUCCACGUUCUCGUUUCUUUCUUUGCUUUUUUCCCCUCUCCUCCUCAUUUUCUCCUCCUCCUCCUCGUCUUCGCCUGGUUUCGUGUUACAAAGCCCAGGGAGGGAGUUGCGCGGAGAGCCAGUUCUGUGUGAAAAACUGAAUGACAGGAUCAUAUGGCUUGAUUUGCCUUAUAGUCCAAACAUUUUUAGGAGGAAAAAAAGGCAUAGGAGACACGAGAGGAACUGCGAGAGAGAGCAUCAGAAAUUGAUGAGGAUGUGGAAUAAUUUAUAACUCAAAUUCAAAAACAAACGUGAGAUAACGGAGAAAGCAGAGAGAGAGAGACAGAGAGGCAGAAACGGAUACUGGCUCCAGUCGUCAGAGAAGGACGGAGAGCGGGGAGGAAAAGCGCAGGACGCAUUGCCCGUGAUCAUCAGCACCAUCACCGUAAUAAUAAGCCCAAUGUGACCUUCAUGUGCGACGUCUGUCUCUAGUCAACAUUCACAACGAAGACAAGACAGAGCGAAAAAACAUCUGAAGGAGAGAUUACGACGAGAGCACACGGACGCGCGAGGGAGGAGAAGAAAAACAAGCACGCUGCCAGGAGCUGGGCCGUUCUCUCAAGUUGCUCUGAUCGACUGAUUGAUCCCUCGAUCCAUCGCUCAGCGCCAAAUGGGAGCUCCCAUAGGAGGUAUGUGGGGGACCAAGGUCUUCCUCCUGGUGUUUCUGGUCGGAUGGGAGAAAUCGCUGGGCCUCAACUGGAACCCGAUCCCGCGCAAGACUGUUCGAAAUCAAGAUGUGUUGGACAGCAUGGCCAGGUUUAGCGUGCCGGGAGUGUUCAACUACAGCAUGCUGACUCUGUCUGACCACGAGAGGGUCUUGUACGUCGGAGCACGGGAGGCUUUGUUCGCCUUGGACCCCAAUGACAUUAGCAGACAGCUAAGGCCACAGAUUGACUGGCCAGCUCCGCAGGACAAGAAGAGGGAAUGUGUUGCCAAGGGCAAAAACAACCAGACCGAGUGUUUCAACUACAUCCGUUUCCUCCAGAGCUACAACCACACACUCCUCUACACCUGCGGCACCUACGCCUUCCAGCCCAAAUGCACUUACGUGAAUGCAGAUUCUUUUACCCUCAACGCUGCAGCCCUGGAAGAUGGGAAGGGAAAAUGCCCGUAUGAUCCCGCCAAGGGGCACACUGGCCUUAUAGUGGAUAAGGAGCUGUACUCGGCAACACUCAACAACUUCCUGGGUACAGAGCCAGUCAUUCUGAGAAACCUGGGCCAACAGCAUUACAGCAUGAAGAGCGAAUACUUGCCUGCUUGGCUCAAUGAGCCUGACUUUGUGGGCUCAGCCCUGGUGAGGGAGAGCAGCGGCAGUAAAGAGGGCGACGACGACAAGAUCUACUUCUUCUUUACCGAGCGAGCCAUGGAGCUGGAUUGCGACACCGAGCCCAACGUGGCCAGGGUGGCUCGCGUCUGCAAGGGCGAUCUGGGUGGAACCAGGACCCUGCAGAAAAAGUGGACCACCUUCCAGAAAGCCCGGCUGGAGUGCUCCCUCCCAGAGCGUCACGUCUAUUUCAACAACCUGAGAGCCGUCUUCACCCUGCCGGGGCAGGACUGGCGGGGGACCACCUUCUACGGCAUCUUCCACGCUCAGUGGGGUGACGUGGACGUGUCAGCUGUGUGUCAGUACCAGAUAAGUAACGUGAAGGAGGUGUUCAAAGGGUCCUACAAGGAGUACAGAGAGGCGUCCCAGAGGUGGGGACGUUACACGGGUUCUGUCCCCACACCGCGACCAGGAUCGUGUAUAACCAACUCAGACAGGGAGAACGGCUACAACAGCUCCCUGCAGCUGCCUGACGCCACGCUCAACUUUGCCAAGAAGCACCCUCUGAUGGAGGACAAAGCUCUGGGCCGCCUCCUGCUGCUCACCAAGGGCGUCAACUUCACGAGGCUGGCGGUGGAUCGUGUCAGCGCCCUGGACCAGAGGCCGUACAACAUGCUCUUCAUCGGCACAGCGGAGGGCUGGCUGCAGAGGGUGGUGAUCCUGGGUUCAGAGGCCCACGUGAUAGAGGAGAUCCAGCUGUUUGAAACGGCCCAGCCAGUCGACAGCCUGACCAUCUCCCACGCCAAGAAGUACUUGUACAUCGGAUCUCGUUCUGAGGUUCUCCAGCUGCCCUUGGCCAACUGCAGCCGCUAUCAGUCUCAGCCAGACUGUCUGCUCGCCCGGGAUCCCUACUGCGCCUGGGACAGCGAGGGUAGGGCCUGCGUCCGCAUCGACCUCCACCGAGGGUCCACCUCCUCCCUCUCACAGGACCUCAUGCUGGAGAGGUUCAACCGGGGAAAAGCCAAGUUUGAUAAGCCGGUUUCCAUCCCCAGCCCUGAGCACUCCCGUCUCAGGAACGUCACCGUUGUGGUGGGGUCUGACAUGGUGCUGCCCUGCCAGCUGGUCUCCAACUUGGCUCAGCCUUGUUGGGUUCUCAAUGACCGUGAGCUUCAGCUGGGUGAUCCGGAGGCAGGAGGGCCGCGCUUCGACCGGACCCUCAAAGCUCUCAUCAUCCCUGAAGCGGGCCAGUUGCAAGCGGGCCGCUACAUCUGCUACUCUGAGGAGCAGGGAGUCAAGUUUCAGACAGAACGCUACCAGGUGGCAGUGGUAGCCAGCGCUCCAGUCUUCAUGGAAGCACGGGCUCCGGACAGCAGCAUGGGCCUCUUCUGGGUGCUGGUCAUCACCCUCGGAGCAGCGUGCCUGCUGCUUCUCGUCGUAGCUCUGUACCUGCGCAGGAGGCUGAAGCUGGCCCUGGGAAAGGGAGUAGACAUGAAGCCUCUCGAGAGCACCCUCGUAUACCCCAUCACCCUGCCUAAGGAGCCGCCCACCUUUGUGCCUAGCAAGAUGCCCACGGAUGAAGACCGCUUCUGGGAGACAGGUGCCAACUACUAUUAUUCAGACGGCUCCCUGAAGAUCGUUCCCGGUCAUGCCCUGGGGCCCAACAGUGUCAGCAGCACGGCGUCGCCCAGCGCCAUACCCGGCCAGCCCAUCCACUCCCCCAGCCGUCUCAGCCUCACAAACAUCAGAGGCUCUGGUAGCAACGGCUACAUCCGCCUCAACCUGAGCACAGCAGGGGAGGAAAGGGCUAGCGGGACUGGUGCUGGGGGAGGUGGGCUGGGAGGCCUCGGCAUGGGUGGGAACGACUACUCCAGCCCCUUCAAGGAAGAGCUGAGACGCACCCUGCAGCAGAGAAGCGUGCUACCCGACGCCAACCCGGAGGAGUCGUCGGUGUAGGCCCGUCCUCCUCCGUCUCCGUUCCCCGAGUUUGAAAAAAAAAAAAACAACCAACCUACCUCUGUCCUUUCGAGGAUGCCUGCUCUCUCUCUCUUGCAACAACAUGCUGUCAAUUCCCCCGCGCUCUCUCUCUCUCACUCCCUCUUUCUCGCUCCACCAAUGGCUGUUUGGCUCACUGUAGACAUUUAUAGCACACAGCAUGUUAAAUAUACACACUCAUACACUGUGUUCGAGCGACAUGAACUCUUCUAAUUAUUGUGUUUUGGACAACAUGCAGUCAUGGUUGUGGCUUUUUCUGCUUCCACUGUGAAACCGCCACUUGUGUACAUUGUGUAUUUAAGAAGAAAAAAAAAGGACGAACGCAGGGGAGAACACCUCGAGCACGGAAAUCAAACAAAUGGCGUUACCUGUUCUCAGAAGGGCACAUUUCUUCUACAAAGAGCGGACCAAGCGAAGCGUUUUGCCCCAGUUCUCAAACCACUUGACAAACGACAAGGACAACUAACUGGAAAUAUUGAACUGAUUCUCUGUCUUUCUGCUCCUUUGAGACUUUUACAGCUUACUGCACUUAAAAACUGGAAGCGUGUCUUCCCUUUUUUUGUAUUCGUGAGCCGAGAGUGUGAGAGCAGUUGAAAAAAAGCCUAAUCUCUAAGCAAGACGACAAUCAUGUCCCCGAGCUUUGUACGGGAUGGAAAGGAGAGAGGAGAGAGAGAGAAAGACAAAGAGAAGAAAUUCAAUGGAAAAAGACGUUUUUUAAAUAUUUUUUGUUGAAUGAAGGACAGUCUCUCGAGACAGUUUGUAUUUUCGCCCCUUCCACACCUUGUAUUUACCACCCGAGAAAGACUUCGAUCUCUUCCUUUUUGAUUUGAUGUGAUGACCGUUGCUUUGAAUUAAGACAUUUCUCGUUAUUCGUUUGCUCUGGAAAUACGGCAGUGUUCAAAUAGUCAUCGGCGACUAACGGCUCCCCACUUUUGAAUGACAAUGCGAGGAAAAGCUCCUGGCGUUACAUUACUCCUCGCACGGCCCUGCAUGGCGACCUUCAAACACACCUUCAAGUCCACUAUACUUCAAGUGCACUCCAUAUGACAGUUAUUAAGAGUCACAGAGUGUGACAGAUAGGUGUUUUGGUUGCACUUUUUUUUUCUGUGGAAGCUUGUGCAAAGGCUAUUUGCAUUCAGCUCAUAGCAGCUGAGCAGUAAUUGCACACUUGAUUUCAAAUCGAAGUUGACGUGAAGACAUUUGGCACGGAGAAUGUAGCUGAGCCCUCGCUGUUGCGACCGCUGUGGAUGUCUCAAUAAGUGCUUUAUAUUCGAUGUAUUUGGUGAGGGUGGUAACUUGCACUGCCAAGAAAGAAACUACCCCUCCCACACACCCUUUUACACACACACACAGACACACUCACAGUCCUCUGAAUCCCAACCAUCCUGGACUACAGUGUGUUUGUGAUGGAUCCUUAAACCCCCUUGAAACCCCCCUCCCUGUUACCGACGCCCAGAGACGGACCCGGAGCUACUGUGGACUUAUACAGACGGAGAAUAAUGUAAAACAUGACGACAUGAAGAGAACAUACACACACUCAUACAUACAGUGUUGAUGGACAGACAGACUGAAUGAACCUGUACCGACAAACACGUGGCUCCAGACAGAAAGUGGCCAGAAACCAGUGAAAGGGGGUGGCUUUUAUUUUUGGGACAUGUCUGUCGGGACCAGCGGAGCACAGCAAGAAAGAAGGGGACGGACAAAAAAAUGUGUUUUUGCCCCUCUGUGUACAGAGCCUUGAGAGAGAUGUAGAAUAUUAAAAUGAUCCCAAGGUUGAAGAGGUAGUCGACCAUCAGCACUCCAUCCUAGUGUUGCAUGAUUCUCUGCAAGUGGACUGUACAUCUUUGAUAUGAUCAUCCUUGUACAUCAUUUUGUUUGAUCAUUUUUGGACUUUUACAGACACUAAUAUUGUGCAACACUAAUGCUCUCUUUGAAAAAAGAAAAGAAAAAAUAUUUCUGGUUUUAUGGCUCAAGAGUUGUACAGGAUUUCAUUGCUGCAUUUCAACAUGUUUACCUUUUCUAAGCCUCUUCACCUUUUGGAAAAGCCAAAGUAGACUGCAAUUGCUUUUGUUCUUGUUGAAAUAUUGAUUUAAUUCAAUUGCAGAUUGAUAUUUAAGUAUCAGCAGUCCGUCCAGUUUGCUGAAUUGAGCUGAUAUCUGCGACCUUUCAUAUUUUAUCUACAGCUAAAUUUCCCCCGGAGCAAAAUGAAAAAGAAGACUUGAGACUGAUGAACUUCCUGUUUACAUGUCAGUCAUUUAUCUGCUGAAUUUCUUAUCUCCUAACUUAAUGAAAGACUGAAUGAUGUACCAAAACUAUUAUUUAAUUUUUUAGCUCCUGAAAGCCAAAUAAAUAGUGGUGGAUCAGGAGCAGAUCUGUGAUUAAAAACAAUAUGUCAACAUUAUAGUAUUAAAUUCCCAAAAGCCAAAAGCUAAGAACACAUUAUCUCUUUACACUGGUACUUGGUUAUGUCUUAAUAUUUCUCCUUUUUUUAACAAUUAGAAUUUUAUUUAAUAUAACAUGUUGCAAAAACUAAAAAGAUAACAGGUCUCAGGCUUGGAAAAAAAUGCAUGUGUAGUGUAUUUUAUGUACAUUUCUUCACUUCCAGUGCAUUUGUCUGCUUGUAAUAUUUUCUCUCACACGAGGCUUUAAGUUCUGCUGUUUUCAUGCUUUAUCAUUUGGAUUAUUCUGUUACCACCCGAGGUUUAGUUUGUCCCAUUUUUGCUUUUCUGUUAUUGGUUUAUUAUGUUUGUUUUUAAAGUAUGUUAAGUAACUUAUUUCAUUUGUAAAAACAUGUUGAUAUUUAUUACCAUUGUACAUAUGUCCUUAUUUUUUAUAUGUGUAUAGACAUACACAAAUAAAGAUAGAGAUCUACUGGA